AUGAACGUCUCCUUCUUCGACGUGACCCAGGGCGCACUGUUGAACGGGAGUCAGACCCUCGCCGGAACUCUGGCCACGUUCUACGGGAACGGCACCAGCAGCGUGGUGACCGGCGACGGCGGAGGGUCGCUGGUGCUGCUGCAGGAGGAGCGCAAACUCUUUGUCAUGCGGGUGGUGCAGAUCGCGGUGCUGUGCGUGCUGUCGCUCACCGUCAUGUUCGGUAUAUUUUUCCUCGGGUGCAACCUGAUGAUCAAGUCGGAGAGCAUGAUUAACUUCCUGGUGAAGGACCGCAGACCCUCCAAAGACGUGGAGACGGUCAUGAUCGGCCUCAGCUAG